CCGGGCCGGGCCGGGGCGGGGCGCGGCGGGGGCUGUGACCCGGCGGCGGCGGCGGCGGCGGCGGCGGCGGCAGGGACAGAGCGGCCCGCAGGUGGGAUGCUAUGGAAUAUGACGAGAAGCUUGCCCGCUUCCGGCAGGCCCACCUCAACCCCUUCAACAAGAAGCUGGGCCUAAGGCACCAUGAGCCAGACGCGGGUGAGGACAGACCAGACAGCCCUGGUGAAGAGGCCCCGCCUGAGCUGCCCGCUGGGGAACUGGAGUUUCGCUGCUCAGAGCGAGUGAUGGACCUGGGGUUGGCCGAAGAUCAUUUCUCUCGUCCUGUGGCUGUCUGUGAGGGCCAUGGCGGGAGCACUGCGACUCUCACCCACCCUCCUCCCUGCAAGGGUCUGUUCCUGGCCUCGGACGUGCAGCAGCUGCGCCAGGCCAUCGAGGACUGCAAGCAGGUGAUCCUGGACCUUCCUGAGCACUCCGAGAAGCAGAAGGACGCUGUCGUCAGGCUCAUCCACCUGCGGCUGAAACUGCAGGAGCUGAAGGACCCCAAUGAGGACGAGCCCAACCUCCGAGUCCUUCUGGAGCACCGAUUCUACAAAGAGAAGAGCAAGAGUGUGAAGCAGACGUGUGACAAGUGCAACACCAUCAUAUGGGGGCUCAUUCAGACGUGGUACACCUGCACAGGGUGCUACUACCGAUGUCACAGCAAGUGCUUGAACCUCAUCUCCAAGCCCUGCGUCCGCGCCAAAGUCAGCCACCAGGCCGAGUACGAGCUGAGCAUCUGCCCUGAGACAGGGCUGGACAGCCAGGAUUACCGCUGUGCUGAGUGCCGGGCACCCAUCUCUCUGCGCGGAGUGCCCAGCGAGGCGCGGCAGUGUGACUACACCGGCCAGUACUACUGCAGCCACUGCCACUGGAACGACCUGGCCGUCAUCCCCGCCCGGGUGGUGCAUAACUGGGACUUUGAGCCCCGCAAGGUGUCCCGCUGCAGCAUGCGCUACCUGGCGCUGAUGGUGUCACGGCCGGUGCUCCGACUCCGGGAGAUCAACCCUCUGCUGUUCAACUACGUGGAGCAGCUGGUGGAGAUCCGGAAGCUGCGCCAGGACAUCCUGCUCAUGAAGCCGUACUUCCUCACGUGCAGGGAGGCCAUGGACGCACGGCUGCUGCUGCAGCUCCAGGACCGGCAGCACUUUGUGGAGAACGACGAGAUGUACUCCAUUCAGGACCUGCUGGACGCACACACUGGCCGCCUGGGCUGCUCGCUCACAGAGACCCACACGCUCUUUGCCAAGCACAUCAAGCUGGACUGUGAGCGGUGCCAGGCCAAAGGCUUCGUGUGUGAGCUUUGCAGAGAGGGGGACGUGCUGUUCCCCUUCGACAGCCACACAUCCGUGUGCACAGAGUGCUCUGCUGUUUUCCACAGGGACUGCUACUAUGACAACUCCACCACGUGCCCUAAGUGCGCCCGGAUCACGCUGCGGAAGCAGUCACUCUUCCAGGAGACGUGCCCAGAGGUGGAUGCCUAGAACCACCCUCCCAGGCCCGUACGGCACCUGCUCCAUCGUCAUUGCCAAAGCCAAGGUGUUCCCGGCUCUCUGGAGAGAGACCCCAUUCUCUAGUGCCAGGAGUGGGGUAGUCUGGGCGCUCCUGGGACUCAGGCUGUACGGAGUGCCUGCUGUGACAGAGGGGAAUGGGGCGGGCUUCACAUCUCAUGAGGACACUGCACGGCCUUGGCAUCCCCAGGGUGACUCUGCAUGCCGGCCACUAGGACUCCCGGGACCUGUGUCUGGGUGAGGAAUAUGGGUUCUCCCUGGGGGCCGCCAUCAUCCUGGCUGUGUCUCUGGGAACCUGUGGCUCUCUCCAGGGCCCAGCCAGAGGGUAGGUUCCAGGAGGCUGGCAUGGACCCAUUAUUUCCAGGGACCAGUACUGUCCCCAGAAGCUGCAUCCUGCUGGCCCAGCACUGCGAGGGCUCCAGGCCCCAGGUCAGGUGCUGCAAAUGUUUUCAAGAGAGCACAUCACAUCCCGGGCAGGAAACCUGGGGACUGAGAAGUGAGGGUCCUGCACUCUGACUGGAAAGGGGGCUCAGGAUGGAGUCUGUGACCCAUCGCCCUUCCAGACAUCUCAGGACCCACAUGUGGUCUCCUGCCUCCCAGCAGCUCUUCUCGUCUGCACCAUGCUCGGCCUCCUUGCAGGUGGUCAGCACACAGUCCACACACAGGUGGGCGUCGGGAUGCGGCUGCUGCAGACACAGGUCUGAGCACAGCCCAGGGCCAAGGUCAGGUCAGCCUCAUGACAGUGUUGCCAGGAAAACCACUCGCGUGGCUUCAGACCACCCUUCAGGCCAUCCAUCCUGACCUGUGGCAACGGGACAAUGCGCAGCAGAUGUGUGUGUGUGUGUGUGUGUGUGUGUGUGUGUGUGGUCCAUUCAACAAUGCGCAGCAGGUGUGUGUGUGUGUGUGUGUGUGUGUGUGUGUGUGGUCCAUUCAACAAUGCGCAGCAGGUGUGUGUGUGUGUGUGUGUGUGUGUGUGUGUGCGCGCGCGCGCGUGUGUGUGAGGUCCAUUCAACAGAUGGUCCUACCUGCUUCCCAACCUGCCCCUACCUCUUCCCCCAACCUGUCCCACCACCCCAUCUGAGACAGUCCUCAGUCACACGCAGGCUCAGAGCUGACAGUACAGCAGCAAGAAGCGUCUCGGCCAGCCCCUCACCAAGCAUUGGGGCAUCUGCUCUGAUGCCUAUCAGCACUGUACCCAUUAAAUACCUAUACUCUGGA